AUGUCCCUCUUUCAGCUCGGGCUGCGUAGAGCAGCUACCCAGCUAUCCAAAUCUUCAUUCGCUUGCGGUCAAUGUCUAUGUCAACAGGCAUCACCUGCCCCGCCAUCCCACAUUCUCAAGCUCGUGGCGGCCAGAGCUCCGGCGAUCCGUAGCUAUGCCACCAAGACCAAGUCCCCCAUAGCCUCCCUCAGCAAGAAUAUCCAAAACGAAAAGACUUCGAACAAAACCUCUGAAAAGAAAUCCUCAUUCCCCGAAACCAAUGCCAAAUCCGUUGGGUACUGGCUUCUUGGUAGCGCCGCUAGUGUCUUUGGUAUUGUCGUCUUUGGUGGACUUACACGGUUGACCGAGUCCGGUCUGAGUAUCACAGAAUGGAGACCCGUCACGGGCUCACUGCCGCCCAUGUCCGCCGAGGACUGGGACUCUGAAUUCGAAAAGUAUCGCGCCUCCCCGGAAUACAAGCUCAUCAACCCCCACAUGGACCUCGACGAGUUCAAGAAGAUCUACUUUAUGGAAUGGACACAUCGCCUCUGGGGCCGCUUCAUCGGCCUCUCCUUCGUGAUCCCGACUAUCUACUUCAUCGCUCGCCGCAAAGUCACCCCACGGAUGGCUGCCAACCUGGUCGGAAUUUCUGCUCUUAUCGGAUUUCAAGGCUUUAUUGGUUGGUGGAUGGUCAAGUCUGGCUUGAAGGAUGAUCUCUUUGCUCCCGGCUCGCACCCCCGUGUCAGCCAGUACCGCCUCGCCACUCACCUUGCCGCCGCCUUUGCCUGCUACUCCUGGAUGCUUCUCGCCGGUCUCAGCGUCUUCCGCACCCACCGUGCUCUCGGCAACCCCGCGUAUUAUACCGGGCACUUCUCCGCUCUGAAGAACCCGGCCCUCAACAUCCUCAGGCGCUCGGUUCUCGGCCUCACUGCUCUUAUCUUUACCACGGUCCUCUCGGGCGCUCUUGUCGCUGGCCUCGAUGCCGGUCUUAUCUACAACGAGUUUCCCAAGAUGGGCACGGGCUACAUGCCGCCCAAGGCCGAACUUCUCGACAAGUUCUACUCCCGCAAGGAAGACGGCUCCGAUAUCUGGUGGCGCAACAUGCUCGAGAACCCUUCAUUUGUUCAGCUCGACCACCGCAUUCUCGCCAUGACCACUUUUACUGCUGUUCUCGCCCUGUUCGCCUACUCCCGCACCGGCCGUGUCCAGGCCGCCAUGCCUCCCAACGUCCGAAAGGGUGUUUUGGGACUCGUUCACUUGGUUUCUCUCCAGGUCGCUCUCGGGAUUACCACGCUUAUCUACAUUGUGCCUAUCCAUUUGGCAGCCACCCACCAGGCGGGUGCUCUUGCACUCCUUUCGGGCGCCCUCGUUUUGGGUCAACGGCUCAGAAUCCCCAAGAAUACUGUGGCGCUGGUUCAGAGGCAAUUGAAGCAGGGUGCUCAGCCCUUGAAGACACAGGCGUUGAGCCAGAAGAUGCAGGAGGUCGCAAAGAAUGCUGCCACCAAGGCAUAA